ACCUCUACUAUGUGCCUUCGUCACCACAAUUUUUCAAAGUGUAAAAUAGAAAAAGUUGUGUCUGCGCAUGACCUGCGCCGCCAUGACACUUCAUUUCUUCAUCUUUGUGCCCGAGUCGUCACAUGGUGAUUACUACGAUCGUCGCGGUCAUUCGUCUCGGAGAGACGAUCAGGAUUACAGAUAUCACCGUGACUCUCGUAGAAGCUCAUCUCCAAGACGCUAUUAUGAACGAUCAAGAUACAAUGAUAGCGAGACUGAUCAUUAUGACAGUCGGUCAGAGUAUCGUUCUCGCAGUCGUGAAAAGACAGUGGAUGAUUCUAGUAAAAAUUCUAGAGGAACAGUAUCGGCAGAUACUGAAAGUAUCAACAAGAAUCAUACACUACCAACGUCGCAGCCACCUGUUAAUACGGCAGACCCUACAACUGAUCCUACAGCUGAUUUGACAACUCAGAAUACGGCGCCAGUCGAUCCUACAGCUGAUUUGGCAACUCAGAAGACUGCACCAGCUCCAAUGUCGAGUGCUACUGGUGUGGCUACAUCUUCGACUCCUGGGGAACAACCCUUGGAACUAGAGGUUCUAAAAAUAAUUGGAGACCGAUUAAACCCAGACAGAGUUCUAUUGCCAGCUAUUCACAAGGAUCUUGCCGUCAGAGUCGAAGAGAUCAUUAACAAAGGUCUUCCAACAACCGAGAAAAAGACUCUCUUGCAAAAAUUUCCACCUCCAGAAAAUGGUCUAUUUAUGGACCCACCCAAGCUCAAUUUUGAAAUUAAAACUAAUAUUCCUGAUAGCAUCGUAAAAAGAGACGAUCGCAUUGUAGAAAAACAGGCCCGUAUAUCAGCAAGUCUAGCUGGUAUAACUAAGCUGAUGUCAAUGACCUUGCAGCUUCCACAGGACCAAAAAUUGGCCAUGCUGGAGAUAUUGGGUGGUGUUUCCAGAAUUUUAGCAGACUUGCAACAUGAGGAAUCGGAAAUUAGAAGGAGUUUAAUCUUAAAAAAUAUUGACCCUUCUAAACGUGAUAUCCUUAAGUCUACUUCAUCGAAUGAGUGGUUAUUCGGCGGAAGCUUGGAUGAAAAAUUUAAGGCAGCUCGACUCUUGGAAUCAACUGCCAAGAAGAUCAAACCAGCAGCUCAAACAGGUUCAAAUAAUGAAUCAAAAAACUUGAAGGGCCCGUCUCGUCGCCCAUCAUACAAAUCUUACAACAACUCGACGACGAGCGGGCAGAAAUCAACAUCAUCUCAGAAGACUUACCGGAGCCACAAGCAACCGAAGAAGAGUUAUCCACAGUCCAAGAAAUAA